GGUUAAUGCCAGUAGCUGAGAGAGGAGGAGGAGGAGGAACUGGGGAACAGCAACAACAUCACAAAGUAACACAAGGCCAUUGCUUGUGCUGAGCUUCUGAAAGCGCAGCAAAGGGGCGGGGGUGCAGUCCCGCUCUGAUGCCGGCAUUCACGUGGUGGGGGACUUGUAUAAAGGUUCUGAUGAAGAGCUGUAAUGAAGUGAGGACCAUCCAUGAUGUCUGAAGGGUCACCUCUUCUUGUGUCUGAAUGGCUCCAGACGAUAAAGCUGGACCAGUACAGUGACCUCUUCCAGAGACGUGACCUGCACACUGUGUCAGAUUUACGCAAUCUCAGCGAUGAGUCGCUAGCCGCAAUUGGAGUAAUUUUGCCUGGGCAUCGUAAGCGUAUGUUGGCGUCACUGCAGAAGUCAAUUCCCCUGGACCAGCCUGUGGAGAGUGAUGGUUUCCGACCAAUUCCAAAGAAGCGCAACAUCUUUCCAAAGCUGGCCCCUGAACAGCCGGCUCCUUCGCCAAACUUUGGGCCUAUCCUCUCCUCCCAGCCCUUGGAGAAGACAAAUAAUCCUUGUUCGCCACCACCCAUUCCGCCGAGGUUUGGGCACGGUCCCCCUCUCAAGUUUUCCAUUAGUCCGCCCAAAUCUCUCUCUCCUGACUGUUUCCUGGAAAUCGUGCCCCUUGCUGAACCAUGUACCCCAACUGCCAUGAUCCCAUCCCCAAUUGAUGACGCCGGAUGUUUGGAGAGUGUUGGAGAAGUGGUUCCAGAUCUGGCAGCCCCCCCUUUGCCAGCCAAGCGUCACAAGAUCGAGAGGAAGGCUUCCAGUAACAGCCCUCCACCCCUGCCCGCCAGACCCCCAAAGGUCAUCCCUCUUGUGCCCAGCAGUCCCCCACCGGUGCCAGAAGAUACAAAAGUCACUGAGGAUCUUCAGAACUUCUCAUCGUUGCCUGCGCCAAAACCACUACCUCGACUGCUUGCCCGAGAUCCACCACCAACAUCGGUCCAGCCAGCUCUCCGAGAGGGCCCUCAGAACCCAGAAUUAAUGGAUCGUUUCCCAGGAAAUAUCUAUGAAUUAAACAAAGAUAUAGAUGGGAUCGUUCUCACUGGGUUCCGGCGCCUGAAGGUCAGCAGCUCAUCCACCGAUAAUGAUGUGAUAGAGAAUGGCUCGGAGGAGGAUUACCAGGUGAUGCUUAAAAUCCCGCGCCUGGAUCUGGGCAUUAACCUGGAGAAGCAGUAUUACGUCAUGCAUCACUCUAUCACUCACAACGGCUACCUGUACAAGACCUCGUCCAUGACCAGGCUAGUCGCCGACAGGAAGGCCAAGGAAGAGUUUAGCCGGCGGUGGUGUGUUCUCAAUGACGGGACCCUCAGUUACUAUGAAAACAACCACAGCUCCGCCCCUAACGGCGAGAUCCGGAUGGAGGAGAUUGUAUGUGUAGCGGUCAUCCCUCCGGACACCCAUGGGUAUGAAUGCACCUUUGAGAUUUACACGAAGUCUGAGAGGCUGUAUCUGUUUGCUGCAGAAACCCCGGAGGAGGCCAGAGAAUGGGUGAAGUCCAUCACUAAGUGUUUUAUUCCUCCAAUGGCUGAGGAGCUCUUAAGUUAUGACUUUGACCGGAUUGGACGGCUGCAGUUUAAAGGAGGGCGGAGCCUGGAGCGCACCACGGUGGGCUGGUUCUCGCUCUGCAAGACCAAUCUCUACACCUAUAUAGAAGAUAAUGAUACAGUGGAAGUCAUUAACCUGAAGAAGCUUACAGAGCUAUCCACGAAGGAUAAGGACGUCCUUGUUCUGGUGGAAAAAGGGAGGAUAACUUACAUCCUGGUAGAGAGGAAGCUGGAUUUCUCGGGCUGGGUUGGCGCCAUUCAGAAGGCGAGCAGUACCUCUGGUGACACCCUCUCGGAGCAGCAGCUGACGGUGUUGGACGUCCCCUGCAUUGUGGAGAAGUGCAUUGAUCACAUUUCACGAUUUGGGGUGGGAUCUGAAGGGAUCUACAGGAAGAACGGGCAGAACUCUAAGAUCACAAGCCUACUGGAAGCGUUGAAGAAGGACGCGCGUAGCGUGGUUCUGAAGGAAGAUGAACACGUGGACAACGUUUCUGACGCCCUGAAGAGGUUCUUCAGAGGCAUCGGGGAGGGAGUAUUCGCAGAACACUGCAUGCAGUGGUUACAUGUAACAGGUGAGAGCGGCAGAACAUGCAGCUAA